AUUUCCUUCUGGCGGUCGCGGUGGUCUUCGAGGAGUUCGCCUCGGCGGACUUCUAGGAAGCUGCGGGCCGGAGUCGGGGUCCAGCCUCUCUGUCAGGUGGGCGGUGACUUGGAACGGAGGCGUCUACGGUCAGCUCGCUCUUGGAGAGCAAGGAGGCGUGACCUGGCAUUCCCAGCCACCGGAGACGUGAGCCCUCACAAUUCCUGAUAGUGACUCUGAGACAGCAGUCAAGUUCCUUCAGCAGUCAGAAUGAAGAGGAACAAUUUAUCUGCUGUGAAUAAAAUUGUCCAGUCUUCACCAGCAGUGAAACAGCCAAAACUUGGAUUCUGCUCUUCUCUCAACCAGACUCAUAUGCACACAGUUCUUCUAGACUGGGGGAGUUUGCCUCACCACGUCUUGCUACGCAUUUUUCAGUACCUUCCUUUAAUAGAUCGGGCCCGGGUAUCUUCUGUAUGUAGGAGAUGGAAUGAAGUUUUUCAUAUUCCUGAUCUUUGGAGAAAGUUUGAAUUUGAACUGAAUCAGUCAGCUACUUCCUAUUUUAAGUCCACUCAUCCUGAUCUCAUUCAGCAGAUUAUUAAAAGGCAUGCUGCCCACCUCCAGUAUGUCAGCUUUAAGGUUGAUAGCAGUACUGAGUCAGCAGAAGCUGCCUGUGAUAUACUUUCCCAGCUGGUAAACUGUUCUAUCCAGACCUUAGGCUUGAUUUCAACAGCCAAGCCGAGUUUUAUGAAUAUGUCAAAGUCUCAUUUUGUGUCAGCACUUACAGUUGUUUUUAUCAACUCAAAAUCGUUGUCGUCAAUCAAAAUUGAAGACACUCCAGUAGAUGAUCCCUCAUUGAAGAUUCUCGUGGCCAAUAAUAGUGAUACUCUAAGACUCCUAAAAAUGAGUAGCUGUCCUCAUGUCUCAUCUGAUGGAAUCCUUUGUGUAGCUGAUCAUUGUCAAGGCCUUAGAGAACUGGCAUUGAAUUAUUACAUGCUGAGUGAUGAACUUCUCCUGGCACUUUCAAGUGAGACUCAUGUUAACCUCGAACACCUUCGAAUUGAUGUUGUGAGUGAAAAUCCUGGAAAAAUUGAAUUUCAUUCCAUUAAAAAACAAAGUUGGGAUGCGCUUAUUGAACACUCCCCUGGAGUUAAUGUUGUUAUGUACUUCUUUUUAUAUGAAGAAGAAUUCGAGACAUUCUUCCAGGAAAACACCCCUGUUACUCACCUUUAUUUUGGCCGUUCAGUAAGCAAAGCAGUUCUUGGACGGAUAGGUCUUAACUGUCCAAGACUAAUUGAGUUAGUGGUGUGUGCCAAUGGUCUCCAAACACUUGAUGAUGAACUUGUUUGUAUUGCUAAGCACUGUAAAAACUUCACAGCCUUGGGCCUAAGUGAAUGUGAAGUUAGCUGCAGUGCCUUCAUGGAGUUUGUAAGACUGUGUGGGACCAGGCUAGCCCAGCUGUCUGUAAUGGAGGAAGUUUUGGUCCCCGACGACACUUACAGCCUAGAUGAAAUUCACAUUGAAGUUUCCAAAUACCUUGGAAGGCUGUGGUUCCCUGAUGUCAUGCCUGUUUGGUGACUGACUACCAAAGAGUCUUAACUUUUUUUUAAUCAAAAAAUUAGCUUCUUUCAGUCUAUGCAAAUGUAAAAUUUAAGAUGCAUUGCUGAAAUAUUUUAGGUAAGUAUUUCAUCAUUUGCAAACUGUCUUAAUAGGUUGCAGCAGAAACAUUUGAAAAAAUACAAGAAAUUUGAAAAGCCAGAAAUUUUCCUAAAUAUAGCACAGAGACACACAGUCUCUUGGUUAGAUAUGCGAAAAACUACAAAUAGUUUCUAGAGAA